GGAGUUUUCCUGAAAGUCAAUAACGAGCCCGGCGGAGGCGGCGGGAGGAGCCGAGAGCGGGGCCCGGGCGGCUCCGGGGUGAGUGCGCCGGGGGGGAGCCGCCGCCGCCGCCCUCCUGACCCCGCGCAUCGAUGUUGCGGCCGCGCUGCCCGCCCGGGCGCCUCCCUGCGUAGCGGGGCGCGCAGCUCCAUGUAGCCGCCGCCGCCAGCGCCCUGGGGCCGGAGCCGCCUCCUCCCGCCCCCGCGGAGACACCGGCCGCCAGGGACCGCCGAGCCCGGCGGGGGGACAGGGGAGGAGGCAGCGGCGCCCUCCCUCCCCUUCUCCCCCCCGAAGCCGCCGCCGCCCUCGGGCUCCGCAGCAGCGCCCGCGGCGCCGCCGCCUCUGCAGUGUGACUCAUCAGUAGAAAUUGUGAAGAGCUGCAGAAGAGAAGCCAAGCAGACAAGCUGAUAAGUCAAAGAAAUACUCUUUUGAGUUUGGGGUUCAGAGUGGAGUCAUCAUGAGCGAUGUUACCAUUGUGAAGGAAGGCUGGGUACAGAAGAGGGGAGAAUAUAUAAAAAACUGGCGGCCAAGAUACUUCCUGCUGAAGACAGAUGGCUCUUUCAUAGGCUAUAAGGAGAAGCCCCAGGAUGUGGAUCUGCCAUAUCCACUCAACAACUUUUCAGUGGCAAAAUGUCAGCUGAUGAAAACAGAGCGACCAAAGCCAAACACAUUCAUUAUCAGAUGUCUUCAGUGGACCACUGUCAUAGAGAGGACGUUCCACGUAGACACUCCAGAGGAACGGGAAGAAUGGACAGAAGCAAUCCAGGCUGUAGCAGACAGACUUCAGAGGCAAGAAGAGGAGAGGAUGAACUGUAGUCCAACUUCUCAGAUAGACAAUAUAGGAGAAGAAGAGAUGGAUGCUUCAACAACCCAUCAUAAAAGAAAGACAAUGAAUGAUUUUGACUACUUAAAACUACUGGGCAAAGGAACAUUUGGCAAAGUUAUCCUGGUCCGAGAGAAGGCUAGUGGCAAAUACUAUGCUAUGAAGAUUUUGAAAAAAGAAGUAAUUAUUGCAAAGGAUGAAGUGGCUCAUACUCUUACAGAAAGCAGAGUAUUGAAAAACACCAGGCACCCUUUUUUAACAUCCUUGAAAUAUUCGUUCCAGACAAAGGAUCGUUUGUGUUUUGUGAUGGAGUAUGUUAACGGAGGAGAGCUGUUUUUCCAUUUGUCGAGAGAGCGGGUGUUCUCAGAGGACCGCACACGCUUCUAUGGUGCAGAGAUUGUCUCUGCCCUGGACUAUCUGCAUUCUGGGAAGAUUGUGUACCGUGAUCUCAAGUUAGAAAAUCUAAUGUUGGAUAAAGAUGGACACAUAAAAAUUACAGAUUUUGGACUUUGCAAAGAAGGAAUCACAGACGCAGCAACUAUGAAAACAUUCUGUGGUACUCCAGAAUACCUGGCACCCGAGGUGUUAGAAGAUAAUGACUAUGGUCGUGCAGUGGACUGGUGGGGAUUAGGUGUUGUCAUGUAUGAGAUGAUGUGUGGAAGAUUACCCUUCUACAACCAAGAUCAUGAGAAACUCUUUGAACUGAUACUAAUGGAGGACAUAAAGUUUCCUCGAACUCUGUCUGCAGAUGCAAAAUCAUUAUUAUCAGGCCUACUGAUAAAGGAUCCAAAUAAGAGACUUGGUGGAGGCCCAGACGAUGCAAAAGAAAUCAUGCGUCAUAGUUUCUUUGCUGGAGUAAACUGGCAAGAUGUGUAUGAUAAAAAGCUUGUACCUCCUUUUAAACCUCAAGUGACAUCUGAGACAGACACCAGGUAUUUUGAUGAAGAAUUUACAGCUCAGACUAUUACAAUAACACCGCCUGAAAAAUAUGACGAGGAUGGUAUGGACUGCAUGGACAAUGAGAGGCGGCCGCAUUUCCCCCAGUUUUCCUACUCUGCAAGUGGACGAGAAUAACUUUUUUGUUCUGCUGCUUCACUGUCAUCUUAGGUUUAUCAGUGAAAAUGAUUCCUGAACAUCACCACCAGUACUAGAUACUACUAUGAUAGCAGGGGCACUUUCAGAGACCAUUCCAAAUUGAACAAGUUUCUUUCCCAAACCGACCUAAAAUCCGUUCUGGUUUUGCAUGACAUAUGAGAUUCUCUCUACUCCGCUCUCCUGCUGUUGCUGCCGCCCACGGUCUCAGUAUAAUAGCAACGUCAAGAAGUUACUAACAGUUUCUUUGAAGGUAGAUGACUUGACUUCAGCAUUGUACACUUUGUGAACAAGUAGUCAUCUAUUUUUCCUCGCAGUGGAGGCUAAACAAGAGCCAUGUUGGUCCAGCUUAUCUUCUUUCAGAAGAUGAAUCAAAAUUGUAAUUAGUCUAAACAGACUAGGCGAUAAAUUUUCUUGCAUCUGUUUGUGCUGGUUAGAAUGAGGAAAUGUAGAGGUGGUGAUGUACAUAUGCAAGGUUUCUGUUAGGCAUAUCAUUACUUGAAGCAGGUCUCUGUCAUUAACAUCUGGCUGGAAUUUGUUUGGGAAAUGUUUGAGAGAAGGACUUAAACUGUUGAUAUAUAUAAAUAUAUAUAUAUAUUAUUUUUUAAUUACUGUUGGAUACUACAGAAGAAGCAGAAGGGCUGGGCUCAUCCAGCCUGUCACUUAGAACUUCCAGGUUCAUGUGCAAUCAUGGAGAAUCGAACAUUAUACAUGCAAGAAAUGAAGGCAUAAAAGCAGCAGUUGAAGUUGUUCAAGGGGUUUUAUAAUUUGCACCAGAUAACAUCUUUUUCAUGCUUUUCUCUUUCAUGAUAUGCAUCACCUCUGAUGGCUGAAGAAUGUAGACAGGCAUAAUGGUAUUGCUUUUCACCAAAAUGUGUGCACCAAGGUAAACAGGUGUUUGCCUUACUUGUUUUUGUUUUGAGUUUGUGAAUUAGCUUCCUCUCCAGGUGUUUAACUCCGAAUAGUCUUUUUUUUUUUUUUCCCUUUUUUUUGGUUAUACUGCGGUAGUAUUUAUUUUUAGAGAUAAGGUUUGUAUGUGUCAUGUUUGCAAAUGCUGCUACAUCUUAGAACAGGCUUAUAGCAGUUAAUUUUGUAAUAUAUGGAAGGACUGUACAAGCUGAAGGGAAUAAUGCACUUUUCUCCCACGUGGAAAUUUUAACAAGGCUCUGAAAUUGUACAUACUGCUUAGAACCAGAUUUUUGUGAAUAAAAUACUGUCUUUUAACAGUUUGGCAGUGGAGGUGGGGUUUUCCAACCUCAUGUGCCAAAGGGUUAAAAGUGAACAGACAAAAAAGCUACAUCUUGUGCUACAUUUAGGAUAAAUAUAAUGUAAGAGCCUGACAGCACAAGAGAAUGUGUCUGUUCUAUAUGAAGGAAUUGCAUUUGAACAACGAGACCACAGUGAUUACAAGAAAAGCACUUUAUUUUAACAAUUAAAAUAGUAAAUUUCUGGGAUCAGCCAUUCUCAAGGAAGAUUUGCCCUCAACCAAAAGAGUCCCGAAAUCCAGCAGAUUAUGUGUAACCGUGGUACCUGAUUGACUGAAUUUCAAACAUCACAGCGAACACUCCACUGAUAGGGAAACGUCUUUCCAUUUCCGAAGAUCUGUAUCUAACAGAACGUGUGCAUAAACUUUAGCUUUGAUCUUCAGCAAUGAUAAUCUUAAUAAUAAACCCUUUGGUGCUAGGAGUUGGGGCGUGACAUGGCGCAGCGUCAGCGCGCGCCCUUGCAGGCGACAUCGGGAACCCCCGGCUCCAUGGGAUUAUCAUUGGAAGGAUCUCUGCGUUCAGCUCUUGUUAGCUCCCACAAAGACUGUGAUAUUGCAGAGUAUUCCUGGUUGUGUUGUGUGAGUGAGUAGAUGAGUCUGAGAGGAGAGAUGUUCCUACACAGAUGCCUUAGCCUCUUGAUGUGGAAAGUUGAGUGCCCAAGCAUGAAGCCCACUGCUGGCAGUGCAUGUGCUGGGAUGGUCAAGGGGUAGAUGGGCAUUUUAGCAAGGCAGCUAAAGACGCAGAGUAAUUUAGACAAUUUUUCAUGUUUCGUGUUUUAUCUUUAGUAAUGGAUGGAUAAUCAGAUAGAAAUAUAUCAUGACAUAUAUUCUAACUGCAUAGGAUUUCAUUAUGUCACCCUGUAACACUAAGGACGUGUAGAUGUUGUCCCUGUGCGGAGAGAGAGGAGAGCAGCAAAUGUGUUGCAGGUCUCUCCUGGACCAGUGGUGUAGAGGUGUCUACACUGGCACAGUGAGAGAGUGACUGAAAUAACCAAGUACUUAACAGACGGGCAUUAAUUAGUUCUCUGCAAAGGUCUUGUACUCACAGACUGAAACUAUGGUGAUUCAAAAUCUGUGUUACAUGCCUGUGUUUUCUUCCCUAUGUUUUCAGCUUGUGAUAGCAAUAAGUUUCUUGGCACAGGGCACCUCCAGCCAGCAGCUGUGGCUCUGGCCAGCAGCUCCUGUGGCAGUGACCCUGUGCUUCGCUCUCCGUUGCGUAGCCAGGUAAUGUGCGGCUUGCAGGAAGGGCCUGGCAGUGAGCUAUCUGAAAACCUUCUAAGACAUCACUUUGCAUUGCACUGUCUGCCUCCUGAAACAUCAGUGAUCCAGUCUAUGAGGCAGAGAGUCAGCAGCCACCUUGUGCUGCCCAGGCUUGGGGGAUUCUGUCUUACCAGUGUUAGAAACAGAUGACAGAGAAAUGGACGAGCAGUGCUGAGAGAAACUUUUGAAGCUCUUCUUUUGCUGUUCUGCAGUUGUGGUUGGAUUUGGACAGGAGGUGGUGGCUGGUUGUCUUGGUGAGCCUUUCAAGCACAGUACAUUUCAGACCUUGACUCCAGCUUGUACUGACUUCCAUGACAUACAGUAUGCCCUCUUGUACUGCAGCCAUCUCGGAGGAAAUAGGUAAUUUCUGUUUGGAUUUUGGCAGUUUUGCACACAGCUUUGCUUUCCACACUAAUCCAUCUUCCAGUACAUUCCUGUUGCUUAAAGAACAUUUAUUCCAGUAUUGUUUUACCUUUUUUUUUCCAUCUUUAUUUGCGGCUUCUUAAAGCUGACUGUUCUUGCAGGGGCCAUGUGCUUCUCCUAGAGUACAAAAGUAAGGUCUUUCCUUACUAACUGCAGGGUCUAUAUAUUACACCUCAAUGUACACACUUUGCUGCUACUGUUUGUACUGUCUACAGUAGAAUUUCCUUAUCUUGCUCCUGGUAGUGCAUUACAGGCAAGCAUGAAAUGUAAAGUAUUUAUUUAAAUAAAAACCUCUAAAUUGGUAAUUGAAUUACCUCCCUGUAGCUUUAGAGUUUGUGACAUUUCUUGACCUUGCUAGUUCUUUCAUUAGAUCCAUGCAAGAUCUAGUCAUAUGGUUAAGGAUAUUAAGCAGACACGACUACGAACCCAAGAAACCGUAUUACUGUUGGUCAUACUUAAACUGUUUAUUUCCUUAAGUAUAUGACCCACAAGGAUGUGAAAUAACUACAAGAAACUGUUUUUGUACACUGUACAUCCUUAGUAUUUUUACACGUAUAUGAUAGGGAUGCACAUUAUUUUCCUUCGUACAGACAGCUUAAAUAAAGCACUAUGUCAAUCUGCUA